AUGGAAACGCGCAGUACGCCUCUCGAAAAUCGACCGCGACUUCCCCGCAUAGCCCUAAGCAAGCGGAAUCGGGCUGUCGUGAGGGCUCUGAACCCAAUGCUGGUGACCUAUUUGGAAGCCAGCCGGGACCUUUGCGAGACGGACUUAAUUCGUUUUGGCGCCGCACUGGCAGUCUGCCGUAUUAUAGGCGCCAAAUUCUCCACGGCUGGACGCGCUACAGGACAAAGUAGUGCUAUCCUAACCUGGAGAAUAAUAACUGAAGAACGUAUCGCAAAGACUACGGCCCUCAUCGGCAGACUGAUAUGCUUCAGGUCAGGCAAUACCAGGCCAAGGAUUUUGCGCAACGUCAUGAUGGCGUUUGCUGGAAAUGUUAGUUUGUCCCAGCCGGAUAUAAUGCAAAAACUGACGAAGCGCAUAGACGACCUGAAGCAGAGAAUCGCUGCUUGGGGAAAGAAAUGUUUUAUAAAACCGUAG